GGGAGGCGAUGGCGGCGGGGCCGGAGCUGCGGGAGGCGCUGGAGCGGCGGCUGCGGGAUCUGGGCAUCGCCACCGUCACGGCCGAGCACCCCCAGGUGUUCACCGUGGAAGAAAUGAUGCCCCACGUCCAGCACCUGAAAGGAGGUCACAGUAAAAACCUGUUUCUCAAAGACAAAAAGAAGAAAGGGUUCUGGCUGGUGACUGUCCUGCACAACAGGCAGGUCAAUUUAAACGACCUGGCUAAAAAACUGGGCCUCGGCAGCGGGAACCUCAGGUUUGCUGAGGAGAACUCCAUGCUGGAAAAGCUCCAGGUGGGCCAGGGCUGUGCCACCCCACUCGCCCUCUUCUGUGACCAGGGGGACGUGAGGCUGGUGCUGGACGCUGCCCUGCUGGAAGGGGGCCACGAAAAGGUGUAUUUUCACCCCAUGACAAAUUCUGCAACCAUGGGAUUAAGCCCCGAGGACUUCCUGAAGUUCGUGAGAUCAACAGGCCAUGACCCCAUCAUCCUACACUUCGAUGAAGAUGUUAAAUAAGAGGAAGUUCACUUUUCUACUACUAGACAUAGAUUUGGUAGAGAAAAACUGGCGAAAAUCUUGUUACAAAUAAAAGGAAGGCUUACUCCUUUUUCAU